GCAGCCGAGCCGCUCGCACGUCCCCCAAUCCCCAAAUGUAUACACCGAUGAGUACCCAUUCGUAAUACGAGAAUUGAAAUUUAAAACACAUACAUUUGAAUUAAAAAUUAUUAUUUCAGUUUAAAAAAAGAUCACUUUCGAAAUUUAAUUUUUUUUUCUAAGUGGCCAGUGGUACAGUUUAUGUUCUUGAAGACAAAUGAUGUGGUAUAUGACAGAAGUGGGGUAGUGAUAUAUAGCUGAUAUUAUUGUGAUGAUGAUAAAAUGAUCAUCAGACACACAAGACGACUUUGAACGUGAUUCUGCCAGGAGGGCGAGCGACAACGGUGCUAACAUGAAUGCUACCCAAAUACUCACACGCGGGCUCAACCAAACUAACAAUGAAGUCGCCUACCCACCGACGGAGUGGUUCGACGAGAACUGCUCAUGGGUGGACGCGGUAUCGUGGGGCUGCAACACCACCGUCAACGCAACCACUAACUCCACCUCCAGUGACGUCACGUCGCUCGUCCUCAUGGCGGUCACGUCGGUCGUAUUGGCGCUCAUCAUCUUAGCUACUAUCGUCGGUAAUGUGUUCGUGAUCGCUGCUAUAAUAAUCGAGAGAAACCUGCAGAAUGUCGCCAAUUACCUGGUGGCGUCGCUCGCGGUCGCAGAUCUUAUGGUGGCCUGCCUUGUCAUGCCACUCGGAGCUGUCUACGAGGUCAGCCAAGGCUGGAUCCUGGGGCCGGAACUAUGUGAUAUGUGGACUUCCAGCGAUGUUCUUUGCAGCUCCGCUUCUAUCCUGCACCUUGUUGCUAUUGCUACGGACAGGUACUGGGCUGUGACAAACGUUGAUUAUAUCCAUAUGCGCAAUGAGAAGCGAAUCUUUACGAUGAUUGUGCUGGUCUGGGGAGCGGCGCUUGUAGUCUCGUUAGCCCCACAACUGGGCUGGAAGGAUCCAGACUACCUCGCCAGGAUAACGCAACAGCAGAAGUGCCUCGUGAGCCAGGACCUCGCGUACCAAAUCUUCGCAACUUGCUCCACAUUCUACGUUCCACUGGCUGUUAUCCUAAUACUGUACUGGAAGAUAUUCCAAACGGCGAGAAGACGUAUUAGACGGCGAAGGGAGCCGCCUCCGCCGCGUCCCACGUCCGCUGACGGAGCGCCCCCUUCAGGGCGUCCAGUGCAAUCAGCGAGGGACAGGAGGUUCGUGAAGAAACGGUUCCUCAACCUGAAGAAAUGCAAUCAACGAACCCGCGCGGAGACUUUAGCUGCCGCACUGUUGCUGACAGAAGGACAAAGCACUUCCACAGUGGAUACGCUGGACGACGAGCCUCGUACCACGGCUUUCACCAUAAACGAGAAAGUGCCACCGCCAGUUUCUCCAGAGAAGUCUUCCUCGACCGUUACGAAUGGAUCGAAACCGGAGCGUUCCAUCAUUCCCGCUCCCACGCAGAGAGAAAAGAAGGAAUCUUUAGAAGCAAAGAGAGAGAGGAAGGCAGCGAAGACGCUAGCAAUCAUCACGGGAGCGUUUGUGUUCUGCUGGCUCCCAUUCUUCAUUAUGGCCCUGGUGAUGCCAAUUUGCCAAACUUGUGUGAUUAGUGAUUACCUGGCCAGUUUCUUUCUGUGGCUCGGCUAUUUCAAUUCGACGCUAAACCCAGUCAUCUACACUAUAUUCAGCCCCGACUUCCGCCAGGCGUUCGCUCGAAUACUUUUCGGGACUCACCGGCGCGGGCGGAAUAAAAAGUUCUAACGAAAAUGUCCCUAUUAUGUAUAUAACUGAGUCCAAUACAGAGACUCCCAGAGACUAUGUUACUUCACUAAUUGUAUUAUAUUUCAAUGCUUUCCUGUAUGUUAUACAUACUACAGUUUGUAGUGAGUGUAAAUACGUUUAGCUGAGAUUUGUAAAUACUAUAAAGAUAUAUAUAUAUAAUAGAUGAUGUUGACAAUUGUUUUUUUUACGCGUUAUAGUAUUAUGCAGCCGCGUGGGAGUCGCUCGAGAGUCCAGGGCGACUCCGCCGCCAGCUCUUAUGUUGUUUCCGGUGACAUUACGAAAUAAAUAUUUAAAUUAUA